AUGUUUCUUCUUCUUUUAUUUCUGGGGGAUUGUUUCUUUUUAUUCUUCUUUUUCUUCUGGAAGUGGUACUUCUUUUUUCUCUUUUUCAUCUUGGAUUGUUUCUUCUUCUUUAUCAAUUUAGGACUGUUUCUUCUUCCUCCUUUUCUUCUUGACUUGUUUCUUACCCCUCUUUUUCUUCUUGAAUUUCUCUUCUUCUUUCUCUUUUUUCUUCUUGAAUUGUUACUUCCUUUUCUUUUUCUUCCUGAAUUGUUACUCGUUCCACUCAUUCUUGACUUUUGUCUUUUGUCGUGGGUUACCUUUUCUUUCUCUUUUGUUCUCUUGUUCUGCAUAAAUUGUUUCUUCUUCCAUUUUCUUGAAACUUUUCUUCUUCUUUUAGAACUCAUCCUAAUUGAUUCUUCAUUUUUUUUUUCGUGUGUUUGUCUUGUUUUACUUCAUCUUCUUGAAUUGUUUAUUUUUUCCUUCUUUUUGAAUUGUUUUCUUUACCUCUUCUUUUUGAAUUGUUUCUUCCUGUUUUUCUUCUUGAAUUGUUUAUUCUUCUUCCUCUUUUUCUUUUUAAAUUGUUUAGUCUUUCUUCUCGGAUUGUUUCUUCUUCUUCUUUUCUUCUCUCUGUUCUCCUUGAAUUCUUCUUCCUCUUCUUGUUGA